GGGGGAGCGCGAUCAGGGGGAUCUCAGCGAUCCCAGCCUGGUGCAGCGUUUGAGCCCUUCGCUGCCACGUGCCACACCGCCCACCCCGGACCAGGGAUCGCAUCCCAGCGCGAGCGGACCACGCAGUGCGAUGUGCGACCAACUCGUACGCCCAAGACGGAGAUCUCGGCUUCGGCAGCAGACCAUGGUUGCCACCGAAUUCGGCCUUCUCCUGGUCGCGCGCAGGCCGGGCGCUGGGGGCCGUGGGCUCCGCUGUCGGCCUGUGCGUGCGGUGCCGGCGCGCCGCCUCUCUGCGGCGGCCAGCCCCGGACGCCGCCAGUCGGAAGGGCCCGUGCCACAGAGGAGGGGCUCGUCGCCGUCCUGGUGCACGGGGCCCCGCGCCGAGCGUGCGGGAGGUCAUGGGCUGCCCGGUGAAGUCGUUCGGCGUCGUCACGGCCGCAGCGGUCGUGCCCUGGAGCUACCUGUGGGCCGUGUGGUUGAACACGGCCCCGAACCUUCUUCCGGGCUUCCUGCAGGGACUCAGCAUCGACUGCGGCGCGGCCGGGCAGGCCGGGUGCCUGGUGCCCCCUCUGGCGGAGUCGUUGUGGGCGAAGCUGGCCAUCAACCUGGCCAUGCUCCUGGCGUGGAUGGUCCCUCACUCGGUGCUCCCUCGCGGGUCUGCGAAGCGCAGGCUCCUGCCCAUCUUCGGGAAAACGUACCGCAGCAUAUACAUCACCCAGACUCUCGUGGAGCUCUACGCUCUGAUGCUUCUGUGGCAGCCCGUCCUCUCUGAUCUCGAGCCGAUAUGGGAUCUCUCGGAGUACGCGUGGUGGUUCUACGCGUUCCAGUGCUGCAACAACGUCCUCCUCUCAAACGUGGCAAUCCACUGCGUCGACGUCAUGGAGCACCUGGGGAUCUACAUGUCCUUUGACCUGAAGGUGCACCAGGGGACUUUCGGGCUCCCCAGCAUCGCGCCCGAAGACGCGGCCCAGGCACCGGUGCCCGAGUUCGCGGGCCUGGUGCUCCCCUUCACCGAGCGCGGGUUCUAUGCCGUCGUCCGACACCCUCUCAUGCUCUCUCUCAUGAUGCAGUUAUACAUCACGCCCCUGAUGACGUGGAAUCGUCUGGCGUUCGUCGUCCCGGUACACGCCUACAUCGAGUUCGUCACCUUCUUUUUGGAAGAACCAGACUACGAAGCCUACUACGGGGAGGUGUACAAGGACUACAAGAAGCGCGUGGACGCUCGAUUCCCGUUCCUCGGCAUGCUGUACGCCCCGAAGAAAAAGGACAAGAAGGACUGCGAGAUCCCGCAGAGUGAGGAGAAGUCGCCGCUCUGGGGGAGUUGACCAUGUCAGUCACGCAGAGUGUGACGCCCUCUGAGCAUUGUUCUGUUUUCGGUGACCUUGCACAAGGGCUCAAUGCCCUCCUCGCACUCAUCAUUAUCCUCCUGUGCCUCCUAGUGUUCCCUCCCUCCCCCUUCUCCCUCCUGCCUCUCCCCUUUGCACGGAGAUCGCGGAUGUAUUGUUGCGAACUCAGUGGCUGUGUUCCAGCGCGCAUGCAGGUAGCAGUCAGAUUUCCCCAAUUUUUAGUGGCACCCGUUCUUGAACAAUUUUCUGCCGACGCGGCGUGUGCGCGGCUUCUUCUUCUUCUUCCAGUCCAGUCCAGUCUUGGAGCUCCCUCGGGGCCUGUUGAGGGCAUUACCUGCGCUUGUUUUCAAUAUGUCGGCGGAUUUUGAUCCAUUUUGUGACCCGACCUGAGUUCGGGGGCAUUACCUGCGUUGCCAUUCUGAGUUCAUUCCUGCAUAACCUGAGUUUGUGACAGCGCACGCAAAGUUGGCGCGUCUCGCGGUUGGCGCGCAUUUGGCUCGUCGACUGUUUCGCCAUCUGGUAACAGACUUGCCCCUUGUUUACCAGAAAGUGCGGCAAAAUGCGGGCUAUGUUGCGCCAUGUUGAAUGCUAGAUUGGAUUACUGUUCGCCAUGUUGAGCCCGUCCUUGUGAGCAUCGUGAACGCGCGAAGAAGUCCCAUGACCACGGGGA